ACUUGUCUUAAUUCCCUUUUUACUGAUAACAAUGGCUGAAGCCGUUGCAUCUGCACUCGUCAAUGUCAUUUUUCAGAAGCUUGCUGAUGUAGCCCUCAAGAAGUAUGUUGGUUCUCAGGGAUUUUACACUGAGUUGGAGAAUCUGGAGAGAGAACUGUCCCAGAUCCAAGCUGUGCUGAAAGAUGCUGCUGACAAGGAAGUAAAGGAUGAAGCUGUUAAACAAUGGCUGCGUGAGCUCAAACAUUUGGCUUACGAUAUCGACAACUUACUUGACGAUGUGGCUACCGAAGCUAUGCAUCGUGAGCUAUCAGGAGCAAGCACAAGCACGGUAAGAAACCUAAUCAUCCCAACUUGCUGCACAAAUUUCUCACUAGAUCAAAGGUUGAGUCACAAGUUAGAUAGUAUUACCACCAGGUUAGAACAUAUAAAUAAGGAAAAAAAUGCGCUAGGGUUGACCGUGAAAGAUGGAAAACAGAAAGAUCCUAAUAGAGGAAAUGAAACCUCUUUGCCAGAAUCUAAUGUUGUUGGACGAGUUGCUGAGAAAGAAGAAUUGCUGAAGAAGUUGUUAGGGGAUGAUGGGUCAUCUAAGGAAAACUUUAGCAUAGUACCCAUAGUUGGUAUGGGUGGGGUUGGGAAGACCACUCUAGCUACACUUUUGUAUAAUGAUCCACAGUUGCACAGUCACUUUGAACUCCGGGCAUGGGUUUAUGUCUCUAAUGAUUUUGAUAUAUUCAAGAUAUCUAAAGUCAUCUUUCAAUCGGUGACCGGAGAGAAUAAAGAUUUUGCAGAUCUACAUCUACUUCAGGUGGCUCUUAAAGAGCAUUUGAAGGAAAAACGAUUUCUACUAGUACUUGACGACGUGUGGUGUGAGAACAAUGAUGACUGGCAAUACCUAUUGCAGUCAUUUCAUUUGGUGGCUCGUAGAAGUAAGAUAAUCAUCACAACUCGUAAGGAUCAAUUGCUAAAAAAGCUAGGUUUUGGUGGUAUUGGUCAUCUAGACCAUCUCAAAAUUUUGUCACAUGAAGAUGCUUUGUCUUUAUUUGCUCUACAUGCAUUGGGUGUAGAUAACUUUGAUUCACACCCAACACUAAAACAAAUGGGUGAAAGUAUUGUGGAAAAGUGUGGUGGUUUGCCUUUGGCUUUAAAGGCAAUUGGAAGACGAUUGAGGACCACAACAAAUGCAGAAGAUUGGGAUGAUGUGUUGAAAAGUGAGAUAUGGGAUAUAGAAAUUAGUGAAGAAAUUUUUUCAUCCCUUAAGCGAAGCUAUCAUGAUCUUUCUCAACAUUUGAAGACGUUGUUUGAAUAUUGCUCCUUGUUUCCCAGGGGCUUUUUAUUUGACAAGGAGGAGUUGAUUUUAUUAUGGAUGGCUGAAGGGUAUUUAAACCAAUCAAGGGGAUACAUGUCACCAGAACGCUUUGGCCAUGAGUGUUUUGAGAUAUUGUUAUCAAAAUCGUUCUUUCAACAUGCCCCUAACGAUGAAUCUUUCUUUGUGAUGCAUAAUCUCAUGAACGACUUGGCCACAUUUGUUGCUGAAGAUUAUUUUUUACGGUUUGAAAAGGAAAUGGAGAUAAGAAAGAGAGGUUCGACAAAGUACCACCACAUUUCAUUUAUUCGUGAGGAGUAUGUAGCUUACCAUAAGUUUGAGGCAUUUAAAAGAGCUAGAAGUUUGAGAACAAUGUUAGCAGUAUCUGCUGGGAUGAAUAAUAGUUGGGACACCUUUUACCUAUCCAAUAAGAUUUUGGUUGAUUUACUUCCGGAGUUAGCAUUGUUAAGGGUUCUUUGUUUGAGUCGUUUUGAGAUAAGUGAGGUACCAGAGUUCAUUGGCAGUUUGAAGCACUUAAGGUAUCUUAAUUUAUCUCAAACUAAAAUCAGAGAGUUACCAGAUAAUGUUGGCAAUCUUUAUAACUUACAGACAUUGAUUGUUUUUGGGUGUCAAAGUUUGACUAAGUUGCCUAAAAGCUUCUCAAAGCUUCAAAAGCUACGUCAUUUCGAUUUAAGAGAUACUCCACUUUUGGAGAAGCUUCCUUUGGGGAUCGGCGAGUUGGAAAGCCUACACACUCUGACCAAGAUAAUCAUUGGUGGAGAUAAUGGCUUUACAAUAACCGAGCUUAAGGGGUUAAUAAAUCUUCAUGGGGAAAUUUCUAUACAGGGACUGCACAAAGUACAAAGUGCAAUGCAUGCAAAGGAGGCGAACUUAUCUCUAAAAAGGCUUUCUAAGUUAGAGCUAAAAUGGGGUUACGUUUUUGAUGGAACUCGAAGGGGGCCACUCGAAGAAGAGGUUAUCAGUGAACUGAAACCUCACAGUGAUAGGUUGAAAGAGCUUGCAAUUGUGUCAUAUGGGGGAACAAAGUUUCCAAACUGGAUAGGGGAUCCCUCUUUUCAUUUGUUGACUCAUGUGUCGAUACGUGGCUGUAAAAAAUGUACAUAUUUACCGCCACUUGGGCAACUAGCUUCACUUAAGGAGUUGUUUAUUCAAGGCAUGGAUGAGGUUGAAGACAUAGGUUCAGAGUUCACAGGGACUAUCGAUGUUUCCUUCCCUUCACUUGAAGUUUUAUGGUUUGAAGAUAUGUCGGGGUGGAAGACGUGGUCAACCAACUAUUAUAUUUUAGAUGAAGUGUUUCCAUGCCUUAGAGAGCUUCAUAUAAAGGAUUGUCCAAACCUGAAUGACGUCCUAGUUGAAGCUCUACCUUCACUAAGGGUUUUACAAAUAGAUAGAUGUGGUGAUGGUGUGUUGAGACAUCUGGUUCAUGCAGCUUCAUCCAUCACUAAGUUGGAGAUACAAUCUAUUUUAGGGCUUACAGAUGGCGUGUGGAGAGGUGUUAUAGACUAUCUUGGGACACUUGAAGAACUAAGAAUCAAUGGGUGUAAUGACAUAAAGUAUUUGUGGGAAUCAGAAGCAGACGCAAGUAAGGUUCUUGUGAACUUAAAGAAAUUGUACGUACAUAAUUGUUCAGGUUUGGUGAGUUUAGGAGAGAUAGGGGACGGGGAUAAUUUUAACAGCAGCCUCCUAUCAUCUCUUAGGAUUUUGGAUGUAUGGCAUUGUAACAACAUGCAAUGUUGUUGUUGUCCAAAUAGCAUUGAGAGUUUGUGCAUUGGUUCUUGUAGUUCAGUUACACGUGUCUCCUUUGCAACACCAGCAGGAGGGCAGAAGCUCAAGUCACUGGAUAUAUCUCUUUGCAACGAACAAAUGGAAAUUAUCAACAACACUGGCAUGCCAAUGCUAGAAUACGUGUUUAUUUAUCGUUGGAGAAAUCUGAAAUCAAUCACUGAUAUGAGCUACUUCAAACACAUCACUCACCUUGAGCUAUACAGCUGUUUAAGCAUCGAGACGUUUCCUGACCUUGAGCUUUCGAAGCUCACUUCAUUACAAUUUCUGUUAAUAGAAAAAUGUCCAAGUAUGGAUUCUUCCUUUCCUCGUGGACUUUGGCCCCCCAAAUUGGUCAGCCUUGGAAUAGGGGGGUUGAAGAAACCAAUCUUGGAAUGGGGCUACCAAAAUUUUCCAACUUCUCUUGUUAGCCUAACGUUAUGCGAUGAACCCGAAGUGAGUAAUUUAAAUCAGUUGUCCCACCUUCUUCCUUCCUCUCUUACUCAUCUUGGCAUCGAAGAAUUCGAUAAUCUGGAAUCACCUUCAGAGGGACUACAACAUCUUACACAUCUUCAACAUCUCUCCAUUGAGAAAUGCCCGAAGAUGAAACAUCUACCAGAGACGUUGCUACCUUCACUUUUGAGUUUGAUAAUUGAAGAAUGCCCAUAUCUCGAAGAAAGGUGUAACGGAAGAGGCUCCCGCUACUGGCCUCUCAUCUCUCAUAUCCCACGCAUCGAAAUAGAAUCCAGCGAUUCCGAUUGAUUGGACUCAUUGAAGAAAGAGAGUUUGGAACUUACAGCAAGAGACUGCUUAUGCGGAAACAAAGUUUGUGCUUAUUGGUAAUCUAUAAUUUUUCUUACAGAAUUUGGUGUUCAUAUAUUGAUUAAUUUCAAUUCUUCAUGAGUUCGUGUGUCUCGAUAUAAGAAGGCACAAAAUCUCCAAGAGAAGUUUAAAAA